CGCAACAUUUGUUAUUAGUUCAAUGUUGUAUUGAUAUUUUAGAAAUUUAUAUUAUUUAUAAUAAUCAAUGAUUAAUGUAUCAUUGAUGAAAAACAACAAUUUACGUUGUUUACGAUUUGAGUUGGUAAAUUUGAAAAAAAAAAAUUGAGGAUUCAAUGUGUCGAAGAAUUUAAAGAAGAGCAAAAAAAAAAAAAGUGUGAAGAUUAACAAAGUGGAGAAAAGAGUGUUAAAAUAAGAAGAUAUUAAAAAAAAACAACAACAUUAGUUGCUGCUAUUAACUACAUUAGAAAAAUCAUGGAACAUCGCUGAGUUCGCGAGGAUGCCUGAGCCGAGAGCAAAGCGCUGUAAACACUGUGAUGAGUCUGGCCACAGGUUGGACAGCGGAUCUCCGUUUUGGAGAAUUCAAUUAGAUCAAGAUCUCCUUGAUACGAUUAGUGCAAUUUAUCCUGAGUGGUUUAAGGAUUACACAAAUUCGAAUGCAUCGACAUCGACUUCCAGUUUGAAUAAUGGAACAUCGGGAACAUUAACUGGAAACUCCGACAUCAUCAUUGAGCAGAAGCCACACAAGAUUGGUAAAAGUGAUUCAAAAUCAAAAUCAAAAAAAUCUCAUUUCAAAGACAGAGAGAGGGAGAAAAAGGACCGAAACGAUUUUCGAGUUGAGAAAAAUCAUUCCACGAACUCCGGAAUUGACAAUAUCAAUAAGAAAGGAGCAAGACUUUAUUUGCAACGGGAGAAAACAGUGGAAGUAGUGGCUACUGCUGAAGAAGCAGCAAAAGCCACGAGUGUCCAAGGAUCCGGAGCAGCAGAGGGAAAAGCAGGAACAGGAUCAGGAUUGAAAUCCGAGAUGGCGGAGGGCAAUCAGUCGCCGCCAAAGGCAGAGGUCGACGACUCUCCACUUCAACACUCCAUGGAUCGUAACAAGGAAUCACUAAAGGUUAAAUUGAUGCUAAGGCGACCAAUUAAUCAACUGGUAGCACAGGGUAUCAUGCCUCCUUUGAAAACACCACCUGCAUUUUUUGAACAACGAAAGCAGUUGGAGAGAGCAAAAACUGGCGAUUUGUUGAAAGCAAAAAUUCAACAAAGACCCGGUAGAGAUGAACUUGUACGACAACAUAUUUUAGAAGAUGUUGGACAUGUGGAUCCAAGUCUUGCCGAAAAGCAACGAAUGCUGAAAAAAGCUAGACUCGCUGAUCAACUCAACGAUCAAUUAAGUCACAGACCAGGACCUCUUGAAUUAAUUCAAAAAAAUAUUCUUCACACCGAAGAACCUAUUGAAAGAGCAGUGAAAGAGGGUCACAUUCCCUUUAAGGCAACUUGCGAAGGUCAAGUUACGAAGCCCCAGCAUCCAGACCAUUAUAUUACUUUCGAGGACGAUUCACAAAGUUCGGAAGGUGCUCCUUCACCUUCUUUAGAAUCACGAACCGAUGUAUUAGAAACGGCUGCAGCUUCAGCAGGAAUUGUUACAGUUUCCCUCAAUAUACCAACAACGGGCGGUGCUGUUGUUGUCACAUCAACAUCACCUGUUUUUCAACAAGCCUCAACUGAACCAACGAUACAGACAUUUGCCGAUUUGUGUAAUUCUGUUGUCGGUAAUCAAACCUUCCAACACAAUCAACAUGUUUCGACGCAGGCGAGUCAAGCCAACGGACCCACGUCGACGCUUCUCCCACUAGCACCAGCGCCAAGUCCCAUGUCCCUGGGUUCGACGACAUCCAGCCUGAGUCCACUUUCGAAUAUUUCGAUAGCAUCUCCUCCCGCUCUACCUCCUGCCGCCAUCACCCCAAGGCCUCAACCAAGUCCGAUCUCAGCCGCUGUCGCCGUUGCCGCCUCCGCAUGUCAAAGAAGCGAUGCGCCUGGAAAAGACAAGAAUCGAAAGAAGUCCAAAACCAAAAGUCAACCCAAAACCCGUACAAUCAAAUUUCACGAAUAUAAAGGUCCACCAAGUGCGCAAAAGACCUCAAUAUCGUCUGUUCCAACCGGCCUCAAUUCAACUUCUCCUGGUGAAACCAGCUACGAGUUGUUACUUCAACAACAACAACUCUUUCUGCAAUGGCAACUUGAGUGGCAACAUAAGUAUCCACAAAUUAUACUUCCGGCUGCACAGAAACCACUUACCCUUCCAAAUAGUGGAGCAAACGAUACAAAUAGUGUUAGUAAUAGUAGUGUCAAUGCACCAAGUCCUGCUCCUUCAAAUUCCUCAAGCAAUACUAUAGAACAACCGCCACUGAGGCCACUUGGUAAAUUAGAAGAUAUGAAAGUGAGUGAUCUCAAAAUUGAAUUGAAGAGAAGAAAUCUUCCAGUGUCUGGAUCGAAACCACAAUUAAUUGAACGAUUGAAGCCAUUCACAGAAGCGUCAACCAAUGGUUCAACGUCAAAUUCGAAUGGACCACACGUUACACACAUGGGUCAUAUACUGAUGGAUACUCCGGGACCAAUGGCCUUAGAUGAAUCUAGUUCCCAUGCCAAAAGUCCAUGUUCAGUCCUAGUUAAAGAUGAACCAUAUAGUCCGAGAACGGAUUCACCGCACGGCAGUGAACACGAUGAUCCAUUAAGUCCUCCUGGUGAUGAUAUAAUUAAAGAACAGAGAAAACGUAUCGAGGAAUUACAAAGGGAAUUGUAUAAAUCACAACAACAAUUACAACAAAUACGCCAAACACAACCAACUACUGUACGUGCUGAAAAAUUGGUUCUUCAGCAGCAUAUACAAAAUAAAAUGCAACAACAACAAUUGGCUCUUCAUUUACAGCAAUUGCAGCAUUUACAACAGCAACAACAACAGGCAAUGCAACAAAAUCAACAACAAACCAAUGCAACGACUCAGCAACAACACGCUGCCUUUCAACAACACAAUGCUAAAGCAAGUUUAGCAGCAUUUUUACAAGCUCAGCCCAAUAAUAAUACAACUAAUGUUAUUGAUUCAACAACAUUAACUGCAAUAAAUAAUAAAAAGAAUCAAGUUAAAAAUAAUACAACCGUACAAUUACCAGCGGCAAUUGUAUUGAAUUUAGCCAAAGCAACAAAAUUAAAUGGCUCAUUAUUAGGGGCGUUGGUAGCGCAAGCACAAACACAACAGUCAACAUCCACGUCAGAGGAAAAUAAACCACCGCCACCACAAUAUGACGAAGCUACCAAACUUCUAAAGGUGAAAAUAGAGCCUGCUCAGAAGAAUCACAUAAAGAGUCAAGUUGUUGACGAUGUCUUGGAAAUAUUAAUAAAAAAUGGAGAACUACCGCCGAGUGCAGCUCAAGAUCCAGCAACACCAACAACGCCAAAUCGUCAAAUGCCACAAAACAUUGUUUUUACAACUUCAACGGAAAAUCCAUCGCAAUCGUUAGUGUUUACUACGUCGAAUCCAAUUAGUCCAAUUAGUCCUGAGGCAAUGGAAAUUUCUCAAGCCACCGGUUGUUCUAGUCCUUCACUUAAUGCGCAACCACCACCACCUCCACCUCCUCCGCCACCUCCAUUACCACUUGCCACAUUUUCAGUUCAAUUACCAACAUCGUUACAACAAAUGCACGAACAACAAGAUCAUCAUCAACAACAACAUCAAGAAGAAAUAUCGUCAUUUAACGCUGACCUAUUGACAUCAGCCGAAGCUGAAUUGGAUGCUGCUAUGCUACUCAGUCCACAAUCAAUGCAAGCUGCAUCGCCUGAUCCACAACCACGACAAGAAGUUGCCACAUCAGAUAAUACCAAUUUAGACUUAAAGGAACUUGGCCUCGAUUUAGAAACACUAGACACAAUGGAUUUUGGUCAAUUAGAAUGUGAUUUAGGUGUUAAAAUGUCAACACCACAGGAAUUAAUGGAUAUUGGCGAUAUGCCGAUGGAUAUGGAUGAUUCUGAUUGGCUAGAUUCCCUAAUGCCACAAUCACCACCACCAUCAACAAGUACAAUUAAUAAUAGACCAACUCCAGUGCAUACAUCAUCAAGUGAUUUCUUUGAUCCAUUACUUGCUAAUAGUCAAGAUCCAUUUGAACUUUUUAGUAUGGAGGAUAAUGAUUUUAAAAUGUCCUCCGAUCUCUCAUUAACAUGGGAUAAAGUGGAUUUUGCCACCUAGCCAGAAGUACUCUCAUUCAUAUGUACUUAACUAGGAAAAAUAUUAGCAAAGACUUAAAACAAAAACAAGAAUCUAGUGCACUUUAUUAGUACCGAAAAAAGGCACUGAUCAACAUCACAUAUUCAUAUAUAUAUACACAUUCUACGUAUAUAGAUAUCUAAUUAAAAAUUUUACCACUUUUAUAUGAUCCUUAAAAUAUCCAAAACCAGCUAUGAAAAUUAGACAUAGCUUUUAUGAACAGCUCAAAACUGAAAAAGUAUGUACUUUGUUUCAGUUUCUAGCAGGGCGUUUAGUGAUUAGCAACAUAAGUCUAUUUAAAAACUUAAGUUAUUUUAUUCUCUAUAAUUCAAAUUUCUUUCAAAACAAAAAAAAAAAAAAAAAGUCAAAAGAAAUUUCCUAAUUCGUGAUAACAAUCGUAUAAUCGUACAUUUUAUUAAUAAUAAUGUACUAAAAUGUCUAUGCAAAGCAAACAUUUUUUUGCAAAAUUAUUUCCAAUUUAUUAUGUUUGAUAUUUUUAUUCAUAUAUUUAGACAAAAGUAAAAAAAAAGCAGACAAGAAUUGUCCCUAAAUUAUGUAUCAUUUAAUAAGAAAAGAUAUUCGUAACAUUACAUUAAUGUUCAUUAGAUAGGUAUAAAUUUUAAAAAUUUAUAUUUUCAAAAAAAAAAAUAUACUCGAGUUGAAAUUAGAAAAUAGUGAAAGGAAGUGUGAACUUGUUUUAAUUGAAAUUUUCGAAAAAAAAAUUUAAUUUUUGAAUAGUAUAGAAAAAAUAAUAAUGGUGCUAAAGGAAUAUAAAAAAUAUUGAUGAAAAUAGUUUUUAAAAGCGACUGGAAUUCAGAUAAAAAAAAAUUUUUUUUUUUCGUUAUUGCAGUUUACGACUAGGACGUAUAUUAUUUCACUUGUGUCAUGCUUCGCUUCAAAGUUAAUAAUUAUGAAUAAUGUGUGCAUCAUAAGCGUGUGUAAGUCAUAAAAUCAUGUAUUAAUCUAGCUUUCAAAAAAAAAAAAAAAAAAAAAAAACCCCUUUUUGUCAUAAUUAUUUUAACAUGGUCAGAUUAAAGUUAAAUAAGAAACAAAGUAUUAAUUAAGAAUAUUGUAAACUACUUGUAACAUGGUUCAAGUGAUGUGGUAGAAAAUGCCCUUUAAACACCAAGUAAUUAUCCAAUUACUGUGUGAUUGGAUAAUACUUUAUUACCAGACCAAUAUUUUAAAUGUAAAUUCUUUAAACCCCUUUUUAACAGAAUUUUUAACAGUGCAGUGUUUAUAUGUUAUUAAUUUUCUUGUUGUGUUAUGACAUUCCAUGUUUUCGAACUAAAAUAGAUAAGAGAAAAGGAGUUUAAGCAAAUAAUCGUUCAAUAUUUAAUUAUUGAUAUUUUAAAAAGUGCAAGUGAUUAUACAUCUUUCCGAAAAGAAUUCUUGAUUUUUAUUUUACAAUGAAUUUAUAAAAAUAAUUGAAAAUAAGAAUGAAUUUUUUCUUAUCUGAAUUAUAGACUUUUAAUUGUAAUUGUCGAUUUUAAUUUUUAUAGAAACGUCUUUUUAAAAAUAUUGUUAUUUUUUUUUUUUGUAGAGAAAAGUAGUUUAAAAAGAGGUUGAAAUCGAUUCGCUAAAUGGAUAUUUUUAAAAAUAUAUUCUUUUAUAAUUAUUACAUAUGUUAAUAAUAUUUUUUAAAAAAAAAAAGUUCAGUAACUUGAAAAACUCCUGCUAUACCUAAUGUUAUAAAAUAAUAUCCUAACAAAACCAAAUUGAAACUAUAUGGAUAAAUAUUUAUAUAUAUAUAUCACUGCAUUUACUAAAAAAAAAAAUAUAACUUUUUUAUUUCAAUGAACGAUGAAAUAAAAUUUGAAACACUGUUCGAAAAAUGUCAUUCUUGUUAUAUGUUUGUCAUCUGAUAUAAUUAAUCUGCAUUUAUAACUUGACGAUUUUGAAUACAAUUUCUUUUUUCUAAAUGCAGAACUUGUAUAAUUUUUUUUUUUUUUUUUUUUUUUUUGAAAAAUUUGAAACGCUAUACUUUAGGAUUAAAGCAGAAUCAAUAAUAAAAAAAUUCUUAUUGUAAAUGACCAUUUAUUAUUAAAAUGUGGCAAAAAAAAAAAUGUAUAAAUUAAGCCAUUGCCAUAACAAUAAAAAAUUUUAUUGUUUUUUUUUUGUAAAAUAUUGUAUCAUAUGUCGUACAUGUAAGCGUAUACAUAAAUAUAAAUAUAUAUAUAAAUAAUUAUAAGUGAAGCGAAAGCAAAAAGUACAGAAAUUGUAUUAAAAUAUCAUACUGCUUUUUAAAUGCUUCCAGAUUUUUAGAAUUUGCCUGUACAUUGAAUUACCCAUUUCAGUUAUAUAUGACGAAUUUAUAUAAUUAAUUAAUUAGGCUGUGCGUCUGAUGUCGGAAGUGCAUGUGUUUAUUUAAUCCAUGAAAUAUGAUUGUAAUGCUUUGUGAAUAUUAUUAUUAAUAUUAUAUUAUAUUGAAUAAAAGGGGGGGAGUCAAAAGUUGAGUAUGCUCUGUGAGAAAGAGAGAAAAAGAUAUGUUGAUUUUGUUGACUAUGUAUAAUUGAAUAACGAUGUAGAGAACGUGUUAUUUAUUUUUAUUUGUUGCAAAUUUAUCGAUUGCCUUCCAUUUGAGUAAAUAAUAAAUAAAUGAAAAUAA